UGCUUUGCGCCUCCUCGUUCGCAUCAAUUGUUUAUAAAGUUUUUGGUAAAUAAAUUGCCAACACCGCGGCUUAAAUGUGCAAGGAGCUGUUCUGGCAUAACUUAAAGCUGUUCCCAUUCGAACUCACGUGAUACGUGCCCGGUGCGUGUGCCCGCGACCACGCACAUGGACCAGCAGCCACAGGCGACGCCGUCAAAGAAGCGCAGACACAGCGAGUAUCACGAUCCGGACUACUACCAGACAGAGCCGCCAAGCCAGCAGCAGGAUGAACCUGUCGUGGUCGAAGAGUCGAAACGACUCAGGAUUGAGCAGGAGACGCAGGAGAAUAUGGCGAAACCCCCUUCCGCCGAGACAAUGCGUCGCAUCUGCGAGCUGGUGCGUCUGGAGUUCCAGCGUGAAAUCGCCCAAAAGGUUGAGCAGCUGACAGAGAUAGACCGGCGGCUGAUCCAAGGCCGCCAACUGUUGGACAGGCUACGCUAUCUGGUGGUUAGUGAGUACUACCAGAAGCAACAGGUUCCCCUCACCGCCGCCGACGUGGCCAAGGUGCGCGGUGACAGUCUCUUCGCAGACGAGGGUUCGCUGCCGCAGCUGCCCCUGCAUCCGGCCAUCAAGAAGAUUGUGGGCAAGCGUCCGAUUCCCAUCCAGAAUCACUUACCAGAGCGCACAGCAGCAACGCUGGCGAAACAAACGAUCAGACUGCGGAAUCCGGCACAUCGGCGGGCGGAGAGGCGUCGACAGCAAAAGAUACGGCAUCAAGGCAUCGUCACAGAUCACUCAAAGGUCACAUCCGAUCAGCAGAAGUCGGAAGCAGCACCUGUUGCUGUGAAACUGGAGGACGAACAGCCAUGCACUAGUCGCCAGGCGUACGAAAGGCAAGUGGAGCUGAAUGCCUCGCGGCUGAACAACAAGAAUAAGUUCAACUUUGUGGUGGGGAACACAUCCAAGUACAUUGGCGAAGGCUUGCGGGAGAGCUCUAAGGAGGGCCAAGCUAUGACAUACAAGUGGUUGGUCUAUGUGCAAGGAAAAGAUCUUCCCCAGCCCCUGGACACAUACAUCAAGAAGGUGCGCUUCCAGCUUCAUCACUCAUACCGGCCCAAUGACAUUGUGGACGUGCACAGUCCACCGUUUCAAUUGUCCCGACAUGGCUGGGGCGAGUUUCCCAUGCGCAUCCAGCUGUUUUUCCAGGAAGCACUGCAGGAGAAGCCCGUCCAGCUGAUGCACACGGUUAUACUCGACAAGAGCAUGUCAGGCCUGCACACAAUGGGGGCUGAGACCACGGUAGAGAUCUGGCUUCGAGCAGAACAAGCGUUAACGAAUCGUGAAACUGAUAAGCCUCCGUCAACUAUCCAUCUGCCUCCAGCAUUGGCUGCUCUUCCGGAACCGGCUCCACCCCUAGACUUGUGUAAACCGCGCACUAUAUCGAUCACUCAAAAUAAGGAAGAGCUGGAUGACAAUCUGUUUGCGGGCAUCAACAAAAUUGAGCUGAGCGACGAUAUCGAGCAAAUUGAACCCACUGUUCUGGUUUCGGAGCCUCUUAAGCUCAGCUACAGCCCUAGAAAGCUGCAGCCACCGAUCUCUCCCAGGCCCCAGCUUCGAUUGAAUGCCGCACCUGUGAGUGCUUCCCGGCCUUCAGUCGUCUAUCUGCCAGUAAAUGGCAGGGCUCAGACGCAGGAUUCCUUGCGAGAACAGGAACGCAGGCCAGAAGCCUCGCCCCAGAGGCGAUGGCAGGACUCCCCGUCAGAUAGGCUUCCCAUAAGGCCUGUGCCCAAUGGGCAUCACCAAAGAAAGAGAAAUAUGGUAUUUCAGAAAGCCGGAAAACUUUACAUCAUCGAUCCUGAGCAACGAAAGCUUAAGCAAACUUCGAAGCAGCAAUCGCUACUAAAGCCACAAUUAAGUCUCCUCAAGGCGCCGACUGCGAUGCGGUGGCAUCUUCUGCAGUGCAUCCAGAACGAUCACGGAUAUGCCAACAUGAGCACGAACGACGUGGACGAGAAGCCAAUAUUUCUGCACAGCGUCACAACACCAUUUGUGACCUCUCUCUUGCAAACCGGACAUCGCCGGCUGCAACAGUCCUUUGUCGGCGUACAGUUCUGGACCAUGCGCAGUGCUGUGGAGUUUCUGCUGCGUCGAAUGCCGCUCACUCGGAUCAAUCAGAAGACAGAGGAAGAGUAUCCAUUCACCUGCUCCACAAUCGAAGCAUUUCAAGGGAAGACUGGCUUUAAACAACGGUGUUUUGAGUACAUGCGGGCCCGCCUUCUGCGACGCUACCUCACGCAGCACCUCAAGCUGCAGAAGCUGGAUACAAGUGGCAGGGAACAUUUCUGGAGUUUGCGAGAGAUCGUGGGAUUCGCUCGGGUGCACGGUUACACGCCUCCACUCAAAAUGUUAAUUUCCAGCGGUGAAACGGAGCAGAGUCGGAAACCGGAAGCUGAAGAACAGCUAGCUCAGCGGGUGCAGGAGCAGCUGAAGGAGAAACCACAGCCCCAACUGUCGGCUUACUGCAGUCUUAGCAACGGGAAUCGACUGCAAGCCUGGAUGGACAAGCAAAGGAUACUUCUGAAGGGGUACGAUGAAAAGAUGUUGGAUCAGGAAUUCAUCGAUGUGUUGGGCGUGGACAGGAUUCACUCCGAAAUCAGCUCCAGAAGAAACGGUCCAAGGAGUAGAUCAACCCAAGAAGUAAAUGGCCGAACCCUGCUAUGCCUGCCCCCGCCAGAUCAUCUGGAUGCGGAGACGCAACUGGUUCAAGUCAUGUGCAAGGACAUCAACAUCGCCCUGGAACCGGAAGAGUCUUUGCCAGGCGUCUCCCAGCCCGUGGCCCUCACCCUGCUGGCACACGUGCUGCGCACUUUUGUCGACCGAUUAGUGCGCCGCUCAGUGGCGGUUAAACUGCAUCAGGAUACGAUAGAACAGCUUCCGUCGCCGGCGGCCAAUGCCACUCUAUGUCUGCAGCCUCACGACAUCGGCCGGGCCAUUGGUCAGUGCCCCGAGCUUGACUUUUUGGCCAAUACUCACCUGGGCGUCGAGCCCUUGGAGCCACAAACCUAAGCCAUACCCACAAAAUCAUGUUACUGUACGUUUGAUUACGCAUAUUAGUUCAAAUUCUGCUGGGAUAUUAGUCGAUAUCUAAAUAGUAUCUUGUACUUGUUCGUAAGCAUAAAGAUAGGCAAUAAAUUAAUUAAUUUUUAUAUUUAAA